UAGAGAAUUGUUUGUUUAUUCAUAUUUCAUAUUAAUUAACACAUUUGCCUUUUUAAUAGGAACAAAUAAAUACUGAUUAUAAUGAAGGAAUGAGGGAAGAAAACUAUGAAGUUGUUAAAGUACACCUCACUGAUAUCAUUUCUAAAAUUGGUUUGGAUCAAAUUUUAGAAAUUUGGCAAUUGGUUAUAUCUUGUGGAACCAAAACUCAUUAUGUUAUUUUGUUAGUGGAUGGAUCACAUCAUUGUACGUGUAAUCUUCUUAUAACACAUGGAUAUCCAUGUCGCCAUUUUUACAAGAUUUUACGAUGUUCAACUUAAGCUAAAUGGCAUAUAGGUCUUAU